CAGGUUCCAUUUCCCGUCUGUUGUAGAGACUCCCGGCAAUAACUCACCAUGACGGCUCCUCCGAAGGACAAGUACAAUGCGGUCUGGUUAAUAUUCUUCACCCUCGGACUUGGCACUCUGCUGCCCUGGAACUUCUUCAUGACGGCCACCAUGUAUUUCACCAGCCGCCUGGGUGAGCCGGCCAGUGCCAGGAUAGCAUCCGAUAUCGGUGAUGACUUUACGACCGGCUUCCCGAAUGUCUCUCUUCUAAGUGACCCCAAUAUGACAGAGGCCCGAGCGCUGGAGCCGCCCAGAUCUCAACUGCAGAGCAAGUUCAACAAUGUCAUGACCCUGUGCGCCAUGCUGCCCCUCCUCAUCUUCACCUGCCUGAACUCCAUCCUGCACAGCAGGAUCCCUCAGAAAAUCCGUAUUGCCGGUAGUCUGGCCGCCAUUUUCCUGGUUUUCCUGAUGACCGCCAUCUUUGUGAAGAUCGAGUUCUCCCCCAUCACUUUCUUCACUGUAACCAUGAUCAAAAUCAUCUUUAUCAACUCGUUUGGCGCUCUCCUCCAGGGAAGUCUCUUUGGAUUGGCCGCCCUCUUCCCAGCCAGUUACACGGCGCCUAUAAUGAGCGGUCAGGGCCUCGCGGGGACGUUUGCCGCUCUCGCCAUGAUCUGCGCCUUGGCCAGUGGCUCAGCGUUGGAGGACAGCGCCUUUGGCUAUUUUAUCACAGCCUGCGUGGUCGUCUUAUUGGCUCUCUUGUCAUACCUGGCACUGCCCAAACUGGAAUUCUACCGCUACUACACCAGCGAGAACCUCAACAAGACGGCCAGUAAUGAUAUGGAGCUGAAGAAAGAUUUGCUAAAAGGUGACAACGCAACAGAAGCUGGAGGGAAUAAAGCCGAGCACGGGAAACCAUCCAUCAUCAACAUCCUGAAAAAGAUCUGGGUGCUGGCCCUGUCCGUCUGUCUGGUCUUCGCAGUCACUAUUGGCAUCUUCCCCUCCGUCACUGCCGAUGUCAAGUCCACCAUUGCUGGUGAUUCUACCUGGGGUGAGUACUGCUAUAUGACCGGGAGGCCCGGGAAGGACAGUAUAUUGCUCCCCAUCAUGGUGGCGGCCCGACUCAUCUUCCUGCCGCUCUUCAUGCUGUGUAACGUCAUGCCGCGCCAAUACCUGCCCGUUCUACUGUCCCACGACGCCUGGUACAUCUGCAUCAUGAUCGUCUUCGCCGUGUCCAACGGAUACCUGGCCAGCCUCUGCAUGUGCUUCGGACCCAAGAACGUGGAUGUACAUGAGGCAGAGACGGCCGGGGCCAUCAUGGCGUUCUUCCUAUCGUUGGGCCUGGCGCUCGGAGCCGCCUUCUCCUUCCUCCUGAGGAUUCUGGUCUGAUGUUCUUCUCCCCCCCCUGAUGCCCUCUCUGACACCCAGCGGAGUCCAGUGCUACCUCGUGUGCAUUCAAUGCACAAAGUUAUCCAAUCACAUCCCUUAUCACCGCAAGGAGCGGUCCCUCUCUCCACGUUAGUGGAGCCGCUAACUCUACCACCACCUUUUCUAUUGACUUCAUG